AUGCCUGUCCCAUAUUUCUCGGGGGGUGUAGGGGGGCCAAUGUCAACGACCAACCCAACUAGGAUAACCUCCGAAUGGGAUGACAUACAGGUAAAAUUCGGUAACUACGUGCCGCUGCCGACAGAAGAAACUGAGGAAGAAAAAACACUAAACUUAAUUGAGCAGUCGGAACGACUGGUCCAGAUCUCGGAGGAGGCUAUCCGCGCCAAGCGUCUGGAGAAACUGAAGAAGAGGCACAAUUCUAGAAAAUAUGGCUCUCCGAUAGACGUAUACAGCGAUGAUUUUGUGGAAAAUGUCACUAACUACUCAAAGGAGGCACCUGUGAUAGUAUUUUUGUACGAUCAGACAGGCCGCACCUUCCAGGCUCUUAAGGGCGGCUACGAAAUACUAGCCAGGCGAUUCCCUGAUACCAAGUUCGCCAUUGGCGAGGCUAAGCGCAUAGUUUCUAGUUCAGGCAGAACGGCCCCCUCCGCUUUGCUCGUGUAUAAAGGCGGCGCCUGCGUCGCACAGGCAGGCGCAGCCCAGGUGAUCGCCAUGCAGGGCUCCCACUUGGCGGAUAGGAGCAUCGAGGAGCGGGCUGCGGAGGCGAUCCUUGACUUUAUCGUGCGCUCCGGCGUUGAACUGUCCCGCGGCAAUGUUUUGGAUUCGGACUCAGACGCCUCUGAUUCGGGCAUUGGGAGGGCAGUAUUUGGGGCUGCGGAGCGGGAUUCCGACGAUUCCCGCAGCGACGAGGAGUACGAGCGGAAAAAGUCUAGGGCCUACACUUCUAACUUGCUGAACAGGGUGUUAAACAACCGAGUUUGA